AUGCUUGGAAGAGGGUGUGUACUUAGGACGUAUGUAGGGAAGAAGGAGUGUCAAUCGGGAGGAUCUUAUUUUGUUAUAAUUAAGAGACCAUGCAGGUUGUUCCUGUGCGAUGAUAGUGGAACGCGCAACUAUACGUGUAAGGGGGGAGACAGCCAUGCAGAAAGGAAGGACACAACGAACACAGGUGCCCAACUAGGGUUAGUACACUUUUGUGGCAGGCAUUUAUUACUAGAUGGUGGGGGCAGGAAGCACAAUGGUACCUCCAGAAUGGUAAAUGUGAUGAGAGUGCAUACAGCAAAAAUGGUAAAAAUUAAGAAGGCAGGAAGGGUGGAGGAAAACACUGCCUCUGUGACAUCCUCCAUCCAGGUUGAAUUCGGCCCAGUGACAGAGAUCGACGCAGGUUCAAUUGACGUUACGGGUGAAGGACAAAAAUGCAAAAAGUAUGGGUUGCCCAUGACGGACACUAGCCCUCUAUUCAGAGCUGCGUGCGCUGUGGAAUUCAUAAAAAGCGGGGUACCACUGCAGGACACAAACAACAGUCAUACAAGUCAGAAGGGAGGUACCCACUUGAGUAGUUAUCUCGAGUUGUCAAAGUUUAAGUUGACUCUGUGGGUAACCAUAAGUAGCACGUUUGGCUAUUUCAUGUUGGGGGGGUCCAAUGUAACUCAACUGGCCUCCUUAGCCAUGGGCGUAUACCUUUGUAGCACUAGUGCCAAUACGUUUAACCAGAUAAUCGAAAGAGACAUAGACAAAGUAAUGCAGCGGACUAAACGAAGACCACUGGCAUGUAAUAAUAACCAAAUGUCUUUGAGGAAUGCAAAAAUGUUUGGUACAUUGACAGCCGUCACAGGAUCGGCCAUCUUGUACCAUUUAAAUAACCCCAUGACAGCCGUACUUGGUAUGUUUAACAUAUUGCUUUACGCAUGUGUGUAUACUCCCUUAAAGCGGAGAACACCAUACAACACGCACAUAGGGUCAAUCGUGGGUUCAAUUCCGACUCUAAUGGGUUGUACAGCAGUGGCGCAAAACUUACUAGUCCCAGAACCUUGGAUCCUAUUUAUUACACAGCUCUUGUGGCAAUUUCCUCAUUUCUACUCGAUAGCCUACUUAUAUAAAGACGAUUAUAUAAAAGGGAAAUAUAAAAUGUUUCCCUUGCAAGAUAACCAGAAUGGAUUAUAUACAGCCAAGUUGUGUGCCCCUUACUUAAUUCUGUUAUCAUCAUUACCUUUUUUGUUUUUUUUUUGUGGAUAUACUUCCUACAUGUAUAUUUUAACAUCCCUAUUACCGAAUGUUUACAUAUUUUACAAGUUCCAGUCUAUUUUCCGAAAUCCAUCCAAGGGGAACAUUCGUUCCUUUUUUAAGCACUCCCUUUGGCACAUCAUUCUCUUGUUAGCCUUGACUUCCUACCACACGCAGAUCCCGGACAACAGCAAAAGGAGUGCGGAGGCGGGUGUAGAGCAGAUUGAAUGCAAUACUCCCAAAAGUGCAGGUAAACCGGAGGAGCUUAGCGACACCCCCGAAUACGCAAUUACCAAAUUUAAGAAGCGGCUUCUCAAAUUCUGCAUAGUUUUUUCAUAA